AUAAAAAAAUCUGAAAUGGUGUACAAAAGUUUAAUUAAAAUAUUGUGCUGCAGAAAUAAGGACAACGUCGACGCAAUAAACGAGGAAGUUAAGAAUGAAAUCAUAAUGUUCACGCUGCCUUCGAGAGCCGAUGCGGUGUUGGAACUGUGGAGAACCAAGAUGGCGGAGGGGGUGCUCUCCCCUGGACACUUCCAGGACCACUGGCGGGUCACCGUGCCCAGGAUAUACUCGCCGCUGCCUAACAGGACGUGUUUGGAUUGGUCGUUCGACGAGGAGCUAGCCGCCAAGCUGCUGACGGAGCCGCUAGAGCAAUUCGUGUGGGGCACCGCGGAGGGCUCGCAGCCGCCGCCGCGCCGCUCCACGCUGUGCGGCCGCGUGUUCAAGCAGGGCGAGCCGGCCUACAGCUGCCGCGAGUGUGGCAUGGACAACACGUGCGUGCUGUGCGUGGAAUGCUUCAAGGUGUCCGCGCAUCGCCACCACAAGUACAAGAUGGGCCAGUCUGGCGGCGGCGGCUGCUGCGACUGCGGUGACACAGAGGCGUGGAAGCGGGAUCCUUUCUGUGAGCUACAUGCGGCGCCGGCCGAUGCAGCGGAGCAGCCGUGCGCUCACGUGAGCGCUGACGUCAUCGAGCGUAUGAAGAUAGUCGCGUCGGUCUGCCUGUCCUACAGCCUGCGCCUGCUCACGCACGACCACGCGCCCAGCCUGCCCAACGACCUGAGAUUAAAAGAUGCCGAGAGGGAUCUCCUGCAGAUCUUGGACUCGCCCGACCGAUACUGCACCGUUCUAUACAACGAUGAAACCCACACAUUUGAACAGGUGAUCACGACACUGACGCGCGUGAUGAAGUGCAACCACCGCGACGCCGUGGAGUUGGUGACGCUGAUCGACCGCGAGGGCCGCGCGCUCGUCAAGUGCAGCACCUUCCAAGUCGCCGAUAAGCUUAAAGGCGACAUUGAGACGUUCACGUCGCGGCACGGGCCCAGCCUGAAGGUGCUCGUCAUGCACGCGCACGUCAUCGCGCACCAGACCUUCGCCAUGAAGCUGCUGAAUUGGCUCCAGAACUUCGUCUGCCGUGAGCCGAGUCUCCGCUUGGCUCUCAGCCAAGUGGCCCUCGGGGAAGAAGCGUGGGGGGGCGGCAGCACCUCCCUUUGUGGAGGGGGCGUGGCUGGUGCUGUCAUGCAGAACGACUUCCGCAUGUGGAAGGCAGCCCGGACCGCCUGGCAUCGCCUGCUUAUAGCUACUACCCUCAUGGAUUAUUCAACUAAGAAAGCCAUGGCUAUACUCUUCACUAAGAACUAUGCGUCAAUAUUAAAGGACUUCAUCCGCGACGACCACGACCACUCGUUCUCGAUCUCAUCGCUAUCCGUCCAGCUGUACACCACGCCGACUCUCGCGCACCACCUCAUCGCCUACCAGGACGCACUGUUUGUCGUCAUCAACACGUUCGUCAGCGAGUGCAACCGUCGUUGCAACAAUAAGGGUCGUCUGGAGUUCGACCGCAACAUCAUCUCGAUGGGCUUCAAGCGAGCACAAUUCAUACUCUACGACGUGAAGUACCUUCUCAGCUCCGUGCCGACGUCAUUCGAUGACGACUUGAGGAAGGGCUUCCUGCACGGGCUUUCUCUGAUGCUUAACCUGCUGGUCAUGAUGCAGGGAAUGGACUCGGUGGUCAGACAAGUGGGCCAACAUAUGGAGUACGAGCCGGAGUGGGAGUCUGCCUUCAACCUCCACGUGAAGCUUGCGCACAGCAUCACACUGUCCCUCGACUGGUGCUCAGCAGAGCGCGCCGUGGCCGCCAGCGCCUACCGCAUGGCGCUGCGGCGGCACUGCGACACCUACAGCGCGCCGCCCCGGGUGCUGCGAGAGCUGGGCAACCAAAGCGCAUCGGUGAUCCCGUACGACGUAUCAGUGGAGCCGGUGUCCAUCCACCGGCCGCUGUCGCGCUUCAUCGCGGGGCUGACGCUGCAACUGCACCGCCACGGUUUGAGCUACCAUAGCCGCGAGUUCGACCGCCCUGAGAAGCCGAAACCCACGCCUGAAGAGCUCAUCGAGCCGGUGCUGCAGACGAUGGCGAUGAUAGCUCAGGUGCACGCGGGCAUGUGGCGCCGCAACGGGUUCGCGCUGCUCAACCAGCUCUUCUUCUACCACAACGUCAAGUGCCGCGCUGAGAUGUUGGACCGCGACGUGCUCAUGCUACAGAUCGGCGCGUCCCUGAUCGAGAGCAACGAGUUCAUAAUCCACGUGCUCAACAAGUUCAAUCUCCUGGACUGGGCUGCAGCGGACUUCGAGCAGCGAGGAGUCGAGGACGACCAGCUGCGGUAUACCAUCAGCAUGGUGGAGGAGUUCCUGGGGCUGCUCAUCACAGUGGUGGGUUCCCGUUGGGUGCCGGGCGUGGGAGCGGUGUCGGCGGCGGACCGCACCAAGAAGGAGAUCAUACAGAUGCUCUGCGUCAAGCCCAUGCCGCAUUCAGAGCUCAACAGGUCUCUUCCCGAAGACCAGCUACACGAGACAGGCCUCGAAGCGGUGAUCCACGAAGUAGCCGACUUCAACAAGCCGCCGGGAGGCUCCAACCGCGGCGUGUACCGCCUCAAGCCGCACCUCUAUGACGAAUACGAUACAUUCUACUACCACUACACGCGCGAGGAGUUAUCGCGCAGUGAGGAGGAGCAACGCAACCGUAGGAAGGCUCAAGGUCUCCAAGAGUGCUGCCCGCCGCCGCCGCUGCCGAAGCUGACGCCGGAGUUCCGUCUGCUUGCCAGCCUGCUGCAGAGCGACGCGGCGCUACACGUGCUGCGGACCGUGCUCGAGCGCGCACUCGACCUGCGCGCGCGGUCCUUCUCCGAGCCGCAAGUGCACAAGGCUCUCCACCUCAUCGGUUACGCGUUACGCGACGAGGAGAGCGGCCAUUACGAGUUCCUAGCAUUCGCGGAGAGCGCGGCCCGAUGCGGCUUAGUGGCUCUCCUGCAACGAUUAGCGGCUUCCCCACGCGUGGACGCCCACAAGCAGCUGGCCAAAUGGGUCUUAGCCAAGAUGAGAUCGCUGCUGGGAACGACUGACGAACACAUCGGCGAUGGCGAGAGUAUGGACGCGGAUCAGGAAGAGAAGCCUGCGUCGACCGAGGCUGCAGAUGCGGAGAAGGCCCGUCGCGCGAAGCUAGCGGCUGAAAGGCGCGCUAAACUGAUGGCGCAAAUGAAGGCUCAGAUGAACAACUUCAUCACCAACAACGCUACGCUCUUCGAGGAGACCGUCACUGAGGUGCCCCCAGAGAACCAGGAGCAGGAAUUACGCUCGUUAUACUGCGGUUCAGCGCUGGGCGUGUGGGGCGGCGGCGUGCCCGACGCGCCGCGCGUCUGCAUCAUGUGCCAGGAGGAGGCCCGCGUAGAAGCAACAGCCGCGCCACUAGUCCUAGUAGCCUUCGUGCAACAUUCCUCCGUGUUAAACCGCGCGCGCGUCGGCUCGGACGGACGGCGGCCGGGCGCGUGGCGUGCAGCGCACUUACCGGCUGGACUGGGCGCGCAACCGCACGUGUCGUCGUGCGGGCACGCGCUGCACGCGCGCUGCUGGCGGAAGUAUCUGGAUAACGUGCUGGAUAAGGAGAACCGACGACCAUACCGCCUCCGCCAGCCGGCCGCUUUCGACGUCGAAAAGAAGGAAUACCUAUGCCCUCUCUGCGAACGACUUUGCAACACGGCGUUACCGAUUCUGCCGGCGCCGGCGCAUCCCGCCGGAACGCCGCCGCCGGUUACGGAGGAGGCGUAUGCCAUCGCCUCCGGACUUAUUCUGUCACUACGUCACCAGGUGGCGCUUAGUCCCGCACACGUCUGCACUGAAAUGUGCGAGGAAUUGCACAAACAGGCGCGAGCUCGAAGCGUGGGAGCGAUGUCUUCAGACAUGGAGGAGGAGGCUUCAGACGAAUCGGAGGUGUAUGUGUCCACUCACGCGGAGAACCUCCUCGCGCCCGCCUUCAGGGCGCUCUUUGAGGACGAGGUGCCGGUGUACCACGACCAGACCAAGUCGCUGAUCGAGAGCUUCUGCAGUAUCCUGCCGCCCAUAUGCGGGUUAACAGAAUCAGGCGGGAUGACGUCUCUCGCCGCGUUAUACCGCGCCACCGCCUACAGCGUGCUCAGCUGCUGCGCUGUGCUGCGUGCCGAGCAUCGCCCGCUACUCGGCGAGCUACCAGCAAGACACCGCGACGCAUUGCACGUGCUAAUAAGGCUCGCAGCGGCCGCGCCAGCCGCCUGGCCCAGCCCGAGGCAUCUGGCGCACCACGCGCUAUGCUCGCUGCACGCGCUUGAGCAUACCUCACCGUUAGCCCAUGAACCAUUUGGAACCCUCGUUGCGGUUGUAUUAACCAUACCUGCACUGUUCUGCAAGCCAGCUGGACCAGCCAGACCGACAAAUCUCGCAAGAAUGUUGACGAUCCAGGCGUUCAGAGCGCUGCUAAUGCGCUGUCUCCUUAUCAUGGACUUCAGUAACUGCCGAAGCGAACCCAUGGAGGGCCAGGAAGACUUCGAAAGACCUGACGAUUUGAUCAACUUAGUACCAUUACUAGGCGAACUCCGCCAAGGAAAUAUCGACGAGAAUCUUAAUCCAACCGAAGUGUGGGAUAUGAUCAAGAACCAGUGCCUCGGCUUUCUUCGCUGCUGCUGCCUGUUCUUCCACUUUUUAAGUGACGUAAUGCCGCCUACAGAGCUGACGGUAGUCGGCGGGGAUACCUGGGAAACCAUGUGUGGAUAUCUAGACCUGCCUAUGACGUUCAGGGAGCUUUUAGACGCUCCUCUAGCUAGGAAGAAGAUGCGGGAAUGGCUAGGGUUGACCACAGAAUGGCCACCAAUGAGUGUGCUCUUAGAACCGGUGGAGCCGCCUCGUUUAGUGCCGUUGCCUGAAGAUUUCUCGGAGUUAAUGAACAUAGUUUCAGAGUUCUCGUGUCCCAACUCCGAGCGCGAGGAUAGCAAGUAUCCUACUAUGUGUCUCGUAUGCAGCAAGAUAUUGUGCUCACAAAGCUACUGCUGCCAGACGGAAAUUAGGAAGGGCCGCAGCGGCGGCACGGAGCACGUGGGAGCGGGCGUCGCUCACGCGCUAUCCUGCGGCGCCGGAGCGGGAGUCUUCCUGCGCGUGCGGGACUGUGAGCUUAUGCUACUGGCAGCGCCCGCGCGCGGCGCCAUGCUGCCCGCGCCCUACCUCGACUCCUACGGCGAGACCGACCAGGGUCUCCGCCGCGGCAACCCGCUGCACCUAUGCCCGGAGCGCUAUGAACAGCUCCGGAUGACGUGGCUCUCUCACGGCGUGCACGAGCGCAUAGCACGCGCUCUCGACUCCAACAUGCUCGUCACCGCGCCCUGGCAGAACAUGUGAUUGCGCGCGCGCACAGGGCCUCACGACCAUACACGUCAUAGACAAGAUCACCAUAGACAAAACCACCAUAGACGUCACGACCGACAUCGACAAGAUUAUA